AUGGCCUUUCGAAGGGGAGCAUUCAUACUGGCCAUAUACUUAGGGAUAGUGAGGAACGUGCUUUACGACUUGUUAACUCAGAGUGUAUGUAGUAAGCACCAGAGAGCUAGACCCCACGUUUGCGCCUCAGAUGUAGAGGAGGGGAAAGUGGGCCCUAACAAAAGGUUGUCAAAAAAGAACAGCGACAUUCUUCAUUUUUUGCAACAAAAGCAGGUACUACAUAGUGGGGGAUUAGAAGGAGGAGGGAGAAAAAAUCCUCUGGAAGAUAGUUCAACCGAUGGGAAAAGCACAAGUCGGGUUCGCAGCAUCAACUUCCAUGAGGUGGAGGAGUAUAAUAGUGACUCCACACCUGGUGAACGCGAUUGUAAAACUAAUCCUGAAGGUUGUCGAAACAGUAAGGUGAAAAACUUCGUGAAUCUAAUGAAAGGAAUUGGGAUGAUGAACACGGAAAAGAAAGAAGAUAACAUGGAAGGUGAAAAAAAUAUUUACAAUGAUGAACACAAUACAGUAGUUAUAUAUGACGGAGUGGACGAGAAAAAGGAUUUAUAUAAUAAGUACAAAGAAGAAAGAGAAGAUGGUAUGUCUACAGUGGUCAUACAAGGAACAGAGUACCUAGGGGUGGGUUACGAUUUCAUUUUUGGAAACCCAAUUGGUGAUCCUUUCCUGAAGGUAGAUCCUGGGUACCGAGAUUCUAUCAUCAAAUUGACUUACCCUAAGUCAGAUUUUGAUUAUCCUGACACUUACGUGAAUAUAAACCCAAAUGGUUCAUACGUGCGAAAUGAAAUUUCUUGUAAUAGAUCAGAAAAUGAAAGCGAAAUAAGUACAAUGAGUGAGUACACAAAGGAGCUCUCCGUUGAUGCGUCUAUAGGGGCUUCUUACGGGUUCUUUGGUUCCUUCUCCGCAUCUACAGGAUAUACGAGUGUAUCUAACACGAUAUCGAAGAAGAAAUUUCGUUUGUUCAUGUUGAAAAGCUACUGCUUCAAGUACAUGGCGUCUUUGUCUCAGUACUCGCAGUGGAAGCUGAGCGAUCCGUUCGUAAGGGCAAUAUCGUUACUACCUUCUUACUUCAAUUCGCUUCAGCAUGACGGGACUUACUGCACCGCGCAAGAGUUCCGAGAUAAUCGAAAAACGGAAAAGUGCGGCAAAAGUGUAGAGGCGUGGAUGUACUUUUUUAAAAACUUCGGAACCCAUGUUUCGACCCUCAUCCAUUUGGGGGGAAAAAUAACACAGCAAAUAAAGAUAUCAAAAAAUGAAUACAAGGCGAUGAGUGAAAAGGGUAUAUCGGUAUCUGUGAGUGCUUCAGCCGGAUUCGGCCUAUUCAAGGCUAAGGCCUCAACAAGCACUAAUACGAACGAGGCAAGUAAUGAAGAGAACACUAACUCCAGUAUGGAAAAAGAAACGGUUAUCAUAGGGGGAGACACGAUAUAUGAUCCGAACAAUCCCAAGAAUUUUGAAAAAUGGGCAAAGAGUAUAAAAGACAAUCCGAUGCCAAUAAAGGGGGAGUAUGAGCCUUUGUCCAGAAUUUUACCAAUUAGGUUAACGACGGUGUACGACGAAGCGCUACAAUUUUACAUCUCUGUGAAUGUCCCAUUGAACCUGGGCCAGAUAACAGAUGACGAGAUGAGGGGGUACAAUGUGAAGGAGCAACUGAUGAAAUCGCGCAAGGUGUUUGCAAGUGGAACUGGGUUGGUGGUCCUCGAAUGUGAAGAGAAGAAAAAUUUUAUUUUAGGCUUUUCGCUGUCAGUGCCUAACGACUUCACUGUGUUGAAAGAUUUUUAUAUUAAUACAUGUGAUGAGGAUUCAGACAAAUGCUACUCCAAGAUGAGCGAUAAUGCGUACAACUACCUAUUCGCCAUGUGUAAUGAAGAAAUGAUACCUUUCCUUGAGCAGAAGGUAAAAUCAGGCACUGGUUUAUUAACCCUCGAGUGCUCCGAGAAAAAUCAAGUUAUUUUAUUUGGCUUUGGAAUAAGUGUGCUAAAUUCGAAUGACCCCAUAUCGAUUUCUAUAUACCCGUGCAAGUAUGGGAAGUCAUCUUGCUCGAUGCAAGGGCCAACGGACCAGUCUGCUGUCGGUCUAUGGGUGGUGUGCGGUCACGAGGAGUCUCAAAAUUCCAAGUUCUCUAUGAACGUGCGGAAAAUGGCGAAAGAAAACGUGUCCGGGAAGAAGAAGAAACAUAUAGAAAUAUGCCCGCAACAGGUUUUAUUCAACCUCAUUUUUGAGUUUACGCGAACUCCCCUGAACAAACGCAAUGGCCAAUGCUUCACCGUGAAUGGUGUUUGCCCCAAGAACUUUCACGUAUGUUCAGAUAAGAAGCACAUGAAGGGGUUUAACUACUACUCCGUGUCGGUUUAUUAG